AUGCAUGACGACAUAAUCUAUCACUUGGAAAAUUCUGAACAAUUUUGGAUUGAAUUGGAUGACAUUUUAGCCCAAGGUCAACAAAAUCAAGACACUGCAAAAAGAUCGAUAGAUGCAUAUAUCAAUUUUGUCUCAAAAUUUCAAGAUGAAUACUUGAAAACAGAAUCGAAAUUAACGCAAUGCUUCUAUAAGCUUCUGAAUUCACCAAUGUAUCAGACAUUUUCUAACAUAAUAAUUGUACAUAUGAUACAUCGAGCAACAACACGUAACGAAUUGAAUGAAUUAUUGGUGAUCUAUAACAUUUUGUACCUCUCGGGCAAAGAUAAUCCAACGAUAUUUAAAUUAAUGAUUAGUCCUCAAGAGCAUGGCUUUAUUUUGAAGCUGAAGGAACGUAUUUGUGAGUUAGAUAAACACAUUUGUGAUUUAGACGAACAUAUUUGUGAUUUAGACAAAGAGCGUAGAGUGCAACAAAUUGCAGUGAAUCUAUUGUUUGAAAUUUGUCGCGGUCAGCGUAUAUCACAAAAUGAACUAAGCAUUUUUGAUGAUCAAUUUUUUGACUAUCUCCUUAACUUGGUAGAGAAUACAAGAGAUGAAGAGGAUGAAACAUUUAAUUAUUCAGUUAUCCAUUUGAUG